AUGUCCUUUGGCCGAGAGGACAGCGAUGACGUGGCAUUUACGUCUUCUGAUUUGGCACUCGAAAUUGUCGGUUUGCGGGCGUGGUGACGAUGUGCGCGAAAGUUCCACGCGGCUAUAACAAUCUCAAGAGAGUUUUGCUCUUAUUCUAGCGUCUUAUUACCGGGACACGAUCCCACCUCAAAGUUGAGCACCCUACCAGUCGGCUAAAGUGUUCAAAGAUCUUCCGGUCAGACAAUUGGGGUCACACCACUACUAGGACCGACCCUAGCCUGGUCUAUAAGAGUCCAAGCACCAGGACAUAGAUACCGCUCGAGGAGUUCUUUCUUAUGCGGCGUCCAAAGUCUCGGAAAAACCGUAAAAACCGCACGUUUUUCUGUCCAAAGUCGGCCGAAAUUUGCUUGAAAAACGGGGGUGCGCACAGCUGAACGAAUGUAACCGUACCCCUAAAACUACGGUAUUUUUUGAAAAUUUGCGCAAGAAAUUUGAAUAUUUUCAAAAAUAUCCUCAAGAAAUUAACCUUAAAAAAGAAAUUAAUUAAGUCAAUAUUAAAAUUAUGCCGCGUCCAAAGUCUCGGAAAAACCGGAAAAACCCCAGGUUUUUCUGUCCAAAGUCGGCCGAAAAAAAAAAAAUUUUUUUGUUAAUUUCUUGAGGAUAUUUUUGAAAAUAUUCAAAUUUCUUGCGAAAAUUUUCAAAAAAUACCGUAGUUUUCGGGGUACGGUUACAUUCGUUGAGCUGUGCGCACCCCCCGUUUUUCACGCAAAUUUCGGCCGAGUUUGGACAGAAAAAUCUGCGGUUUUUCCGGUUUUUCCGAGACUUUGAACGCGGCAUAAAAUUGCAAAGGCGCCGCUGGCCUUAUUUUUGUGUGGCCUAGUUCUCGCCGAGUUUUCUAGACCCGACCCCUCUUUCGGCAAGUCGUGUAACUCAAAACUCGCUUCUUUUACUCUCUUUUCCCUCUUUUUGCGCCCUCCCCGCCCCCCUUUCCAUGCCCAUCCAAAAGCACUUUGUCCUUUACUUUUUCCCUUUUCUUCUUCUACUUCUUCUUCUUCUUCUUCUUCUUCCGUGUACCCUUUUUGCUCACAAUGCUCACUUUGGACUACACACACACUCUUGAAAGUACUGUAGUUCUUGAGCACGCACAGAAACAACAACAUAAUUAAAAGUUGGGCGAGCGAAGAAAGUGGGCGUGGCUCGCAACGGAAAUUGGACUCGAGAAAAGAGUCGACCGACUCAUUCUCAUUCCCGUUUCAUUCUUCUUCUCCUCUUUUUCUACUCUUCCCUCAUUCACACUUUACAGACAUCUCACCCCAGACGUUUCUGGAGCCUUUUUCAUCAAGCAUUGAGACUCCGGCUGCAACCACGACGGCUGGCUCGGUUAGUUUUAGGUCCAACGAACGCGUAGAACAAGAUGUGAUUUGCAGGGAAGCCGUGUAGCCGAGGCGUCGACCUCGGACUACCGUGUCGCGGUGUUCGGCGCCGGCGGAGUCGGCAAGUCCUCAAUCACGCAGCGCUUCGUGAAAGGCACGUUCAACGACAACUACGUGCCGACGAUCGAGGACACGUACCGGCAGGUGAUCAGUUGCAACGUGAAGAACGUGUGCACACUUCAAAUCACCGACACCACCGGCAGUCAUCAGUUUCCGGCGAUGCAGAGGUUGUCGGUCAGCAAGGGCAACGCGUUCAUCCUCAUUUAUAGUGUGACGAGGUAGGGAACAGGGAAUAGUGAAAACGAAAAAAAGUGUCGGUUUCAGUAAGCAAUCACUGGAAGAGUUGGGGCCGAUUGUGAAAAUGUUGAUGGAAGUGAAGGGGAACACGAUCACAGAGGUCCCAAUCAUGUUGGUCGGCAACAAGAAGGACGAGGAGACGGUAAGACCUGUAUCUCAGCUGUCGGUGGAGGUAUCAAAAAGUUGUGAACUGAUAAAAUGUACAGAAUGUCUUGACGAACAAUUUAGUAGUUGACAACUUUUUGAGAACUUUAUCGCUGGCUGAGAUAUAACGCGUUGAAUACAAUAACCCCAUCCAGAAACGCGAAGUGAGCACGGCGACCGGACAAAAAUUCGCGGGUCAACUCAACUGCGGCUUCAUCGAAACGUCGGCGAAGAACAACGAAAACAUAACGGAGCUCUUUCAGCAACUUUUGGCUCGCGAGAAGAAGCGUCAGUUGGCGCUCACUAUGGACGAUCCGGACGGCAAGAACGGCAAGAAACGAGGGUGUUAUCUCAUGUGA